UUUGGGAAGGAAAUACUUGUUCAGGAGCUAUACUAAUUCUGUAGGAUAUUAGAGAGUAGGCUUGAUUUAUGUGGCUUCUUUCCCUGUUUAGUGUAAAUCCUUUCAGGGACUAGUUGUUCAAACAUCUAACAGUGCUGCUUGUGGAGUUGAAGGCUGAUACAAGAAGUCAUGAAGCUGGAGGUGCCUAAAGCCUUUGAAGAUGUAGCCGUGGAGUUUUCAAAAGAGGAAUGGGACAUGUUGAGUAAUGAGCAGAAGGAGCUACACAAAGAAGUGAUGAUUCAGAACUACAAGAGCAUGGUCUCCAUAGGAUAUAACAUCCCAGUGGACCGUCUUUGGUUAUACAUUAAGAAGGAUGAAACUGUGACUUCUGGUAACAUUGGAGGAGAAGGAGAGAUGGUCCAGCAAAAGCAGCUUCCUGAUAACAGUAUCAACAUGAUGGAUUCAUCGGUUAAAUUAUGGCAGUUCCUGCUGCAGCUGCUUGAAGACAAGAAGAAUGAGAACCUAAUUUCAUGGACCAACAAUGAUGGCGAAUUUAAAUUUUGCAAUGCAGAAGAGGUGGCACGACUGUGGGGAAGGUGUAAGAACAAGACCAGCAUGAACUACGAUAAACUCAGGCGAGCACUGCAGUACUACUAUGGUAAGAAUAUCAUAAAAAAGGUCCGUGGGCAGAAGUUUGUAUACAAAUUUGUCUCCUUCCCUGAAGCUGCUGCAGAUGAAAUGUCAAAGGAUUAUUACCAAAGAGCAGUGCAGGCCACUGAGUCUCGUAAUACAGUUAUGAACCGUAAGCUUGUAAGGAGUCGGAGGCAUGACUUCAUGCGUUCUGGACUGUAUUCCACAUUUACCAUCUGGUCUCUUCGAAAUAAGCAUAGAAAUGGGAGAACUGAGAUCUUUCCACAACUUACGGAACUGAUGAGGCAGACGGUCAAGGCUCAUAGCUCAACUGCAAAGGUGAAAGUACAGAGUACAGAUUUGACCUCCCAAGAUAGUAAAUCAGGUUUAGAAGAAUCUGUUAGUUUUCAGGUACUUGUGCCUUCUGCCCAAGAACCAGCUGGUUGUUUAGAAGUGAAACCAGGGACCUCCGAAGUACAAACUCCGUCAUUCACAAUUACAAGAUGUCUGCCAGACGUGGUUAGAGGUGUUCUGGAGGUAAACGUUCAGAGCUCAGAGGAUGAAGUAAUUGUGAUCAAAGAUCCCUCAGAUGGACAAACUUUGGAUAUGGUUUCCACGAGAACUUGUACUGAGCCUCUGACUUCAGAAGUGGAGAUUAGAUUUGAAGAAAACUCUUCUCAGCCUCCUGCUGUGAAGCUUAAGGAAGCUGAAAAGGAAAAGGAAGUGGGUACAACAACUGGCAGCCAAUCACAGAGGGGCAAGAAACCAAAGGACUUCGAACUUCCUUUUGCCACAUGCCUUCUACCUGGUUCUGAUGUCGAUAAAGACAAGGCAGCUGUGAACAGUCUUGUUUUUACCAGGAGCAGUUCAAACACACAGACUACAACAGUAACUACUUCCCAUUCCUUGGUACCAGAAAUCUUUCAAGAUGCUUCUAAUGAAUAUUCAAGAAACGAGUGGAAAGUAAUAACAAAAGAAGGGAAAGAGUUGUACAAGGAAGUGAUAAUAAAGAGCUGUGAAAAUGUGGUGUCUGUAGAUCCAAGUCAUCGGUCAUCACAUGUGAAAUACUUUAAUUCUGCAUGUGAUAACACUUGGUCAGAUAAGCUGUCAUUUGAAAGACAUGACCCUGUGCAAACAGAAAGCACAACGUAUAAUCAUGUGGGAAGUAAUGAAAGAUUUAAGAAAAGUAAACAAAAAAUGCACAUGCAAACGCAAGGAGGUGAGCGAUCUUCCAGAUGGAGUAAUUGCAGGUUUACAAAUGACCACAGUCCAGGAGCACAUCCGAUUAAUGAUACUGGACAGAAACCUUAUAAGUGUGUCACAUGUAACAAGGAUUUUAUGACUAAAAGCAGCUUAGUGAUUCAUCAAGUGAUCCACACAGGACUGAAACCCUAUGUAUGUACCACAUGUGGUAAGGAUUUUACUCAGAAAGCUAACAUGAUAAAACAUCAGUCUAUUCACACCGGCAUGAAACCCUACAAAUGUGACCUUUGCGACAAGUGUUUUACAGCUAAGCAAAGCCUGAUAUCACAUCAAACUAGCCAUACUAAGCAGAAACCCUAUAAAUGUGCUAUAUGCAGCAGGAUUUUUGCCUUAAAGGCAGUCUUUGUAAGACAUCAACAUAUCCACAGUGGGCAAAAACCACAUAAAUGUACCACGUGUAACAAGAGCUUUGCAUCAAAGGAAGAUAUGGUGAGGCAUCAGCAUAUCCAUACGGGUCACAAAAGAUAUAAAUGUGCCACAUGUGGCAAAGCUUUUACAAGUAAAAGUUACAUGAUACAACAUCAAUACAUCCACAGCGAACAGAAGCCUUAUAAAUGUACAACAUGCGAUAAAGGGUUCACAGCCAAGUCAAAUUUAGCAUCUCAUGAGAUUAUCCACACGGGACAGAAACCGUACAAAUGUCCCACUUGUGGCAGGGGUUUUGCACUGAAAGGUAACAUGAUCGUACAUCAGUAUGUCCACACUAAGCACAAACCAUAUAAGUGUGCCAUGUGCGGCAAAGGUUUUAUAAGGGAGAGUACCAUGUUAAAACAUCAGUAUAUGCACACAGGACAAAAACCACAUAAAUGUCAUACAUGUGGAAAGGGUUUUACAAGAAACAGUACUAUGGUACGGCAUCAACAUAACUGUUUUGACCUUCCCUGAAUCUAAUAAGCAGUUUACUCACCAGACCAGACUAAUGGUUACUGUUUGACUUCAAGAAAAUAGCUGUAACAAAUGAUGUUCCACCUCCUACUUCUGGAUGAUUAAACAUUGUACAGCUCACCUGAAGCAAAGAAGGCCACAACUAUAAAAGUUUAAAACAUUUUAAGAUUAUAUAAAUCAACAUAACUGUUUUGACCUUCCCUGAAUCUAAUAAGCAGUUUACUCACCAGACCAGACUCACGGUUACUGUUUGACUUCAAGAAAAUAGCUGUAACAAAUGAUGUUCCACCUCCUAUUUCUGGAUGAUUAAACGUUGUAUAGCUCUCCUGAAGCAAAGAAGGCCACAACUAUAAAAAUUAAAACAUUUUAAGAUUAUACAAAAUGUCACCCUUUAUAAAUGAGUGAAUGUAACAUUUGUAGCAGGGAAACAGAAGCAUCAAGAAAAGUUAUUCUACCCAUACCAAGGUUCAGAGUGAUAAAAGCCAUAAAUGCAUCCCAGACACCCCAUGUUUGAUUAGCAGGUGAGGAAGCUGAAGGAAGCAAAUUGGGAGGAUAGGUGUUAGUGGGAUAUGACUUGUACAUUAUGAGGAGGAGAGAGGUGGGUUUUCUAGCAUGAAAAUCCUGGGGACGGGGAAGGUGGCUUUGCCCAUCACUUGGAUAACACCCAAUGGGAUUUCUGGUUAUUGCAGCCCCCAAAGUCUGGGUCCGAGGGUCAUGCUGCUGCAGCAUAGCCAUAUUUUUAGGUAAUUACUAGGCUAGCUUUCUCUGUGUGCUAUUUGAAGCCUAGUCAAUUUGCCUUCCAAAGGUAAGAAUCAAACCCUGUGCUUUAUAUUUAUGAAGUAAACACCUUAACCAUUAUACCAACGCCCAAUCCUGAAGAUUGGGAGCAGUCACAUGGGAAAUCUUGCAUGCUUCUCCGACAAAAUGGCAGCACUGUCAUCUCUUGGAAGCUGUCAAGCAGUGUUUGGGUCUCCUGGGACCGGGGAAGGAUACCCUGAUGUCUGCCUAGAUGCUGGACCUGUUAUCAGCUCUCACCUCACUGAGGAAAUUAAUUUGACAGUGAUGACUGUUCUCCCUGUGAGGAAAAAAAUGGGCUACAUAGUUUGGGAGUUAAAAGAAAAGAAAUAAAUCACCCUAGGAGAGAACUGUUAUUUAAAAGGACUGCAACAAGAAGUCUGAAAUAACUAUCUAAGAAGAGCUGAAUGGUCACCAGUGCAACAUGAACAAAUUAAAACAAAAGUUUAAUAAAGAUGAAUUCUGAAGAUGGAAGUUAAUACUGAAAACUGCCUUGACAUCUAGAAGUAAAGCUCAAGUUGUAAGUUAGCUUGCUCUCCCUGUACAACCUAUAGCCUUGGUGUGAUUGACUGUCCCCAAAACAUGUUGAAUAAUUUAGACAGGUAAAUAAAAAGUUGCUUAUGUAUGAAAAACACUGGAUGGCAAAAUUAUAUACCCCCUCAGUAAACUGACUAUUUCCAUAGGUCUUCAGCUGUGGGAUUGUAUACAUGUUCGAUACAUCAUUAGUUCCAAAGUUACCAUAAGUUGUAAACCAUAAAGGACCAUGCGUCUAAGAUGAUAUCCUGCCUUAGAUUACAGUAGAAGCAUUUUGAGAAAAGAGUGGGUUUGGAAAUCAACUCAGAAGGUGGAAAAUGGCAGGUACAAAGAAAAAGUGCAAACAAAGAGAGAAAAUACUAAGGUCAUGGCCAGAAGAAAAAGCAGUGUAGAGAACUGCCAUGAAUACAUGUUGAUCGUGAUUUACAGCAUGAAUGGCUAAGAUAAGGUGAAUUUAAACCAAAGGAUGAAAAGUUAAUAAUAGGCGCUCAAGAUAGGGAACUGCGUACUUAAUGGUUCAAAGAAUCUAUACGCAAGUGAGAGGCAGACAGCUGUAGGUUCUGCAAUACAGAAAUCAAAGCAGUUGCACAUGUUUUGCUCAUCUGUAAGACAAAUAGAUAGAAAGAUAGA